AUUGCCCUCUUUUUCACUCAGCUGUCAGUUUCAAAUUCAGCUUACAUUGAGGAAAUUCAAGAUUCUGAGCAAUGCCCAAGAGACCCUUUUCCCCUAAGGUGAUGGAAUGGCAAAGCAUGGGUUGGUUAGAGACCUCUAUCUGCCUAAUUCAUCUCCAUUUGCAAAGCUCUUGGACUCCUGCCUCCGUUCAAGGUCGGCCAGGGGCACUCGUCUGGUUCACGCCCGCAUUCUCAUGACUCAGUUUUCAAUGGAAAUCUUCAUUCAGAACAGGUUGAUUGAUGUUUAUGGGAAAUGUGACUGUUUGGAUGAUGCCCGCAAGUUGUUUGAUAGAAUGCCCCAAAGGAACACUUUCACUUGGAAUUCCCUUAUAAGUGUGUUGACAAAAUCGGGAUUUCUUGAUGAGGCAGCAAGGCUCUUUGGUUCAAUGCCUGAGCCUGAUCAGUGCUCGUGGAAUUCGAUGGUGUCGGGUUUCGCUCAACAUGAUCGAUUCGAAGAAUCUUUAGAAUAUUUUGUUAAGAUGCAUAGGGAGGACUUUUUGCUUAAUGAGUACUCGUUUGGUAGUGCUCUGAGUGCCUGUGCAGGGUUGAUGGAUUUAAAUAUGGGUACCCAAGUCCAUGCUUUGGUAUCAAAAUCUAGGUAUUCAACCGAUGUUUAUAUGGGGUCUGCCCUUAUUGAUAUGUACUCUAAGUGUGGGAGUGUAGCUUGCGCUGAGGAAGUUUUUUCAGGAAUGAUCGAGCGGAACUUAGUCACAUGGAAUAGCUUGAUUACCUGUUACGAGCAAAAUGGUCCAGCAAGUGAAGCUCUAGAGGUAUUUGUGAGGAUGAUGGACUCUGGACUAGAACCAGAUGAGGUCACGCUAGCUAGCGUAGUCAGUGCCUGUGCAAGCUUGUGUGCACUCAAAGAAGGCCUGCAAAUUCAUGCCCGUGUCGUGAAAACUAACAAAUUUAGGGAUGAUCUUGUUUUGGGCAAUGCUUUGGUUGAUAUGUAUGCAAAAUGCAGUAAAGUUAAUGAAGCCAGAAGGGUUUUUGAUAGGAUGCCUAUUACGAAUGUGGUGUCUGAAACCUCCAUGGUAAGUGGGUAUGCAAGGGCAGCAAGCGUAAAAGCUGCAAGAUUUAUGUUUUCGAAGAUGACACAAAGGAAUGUAGUAUCUUGGAAUGCACUUAUUGCAGGUUAUACACAGAAUGGGGAGAAUGAAGAGGCUCUCAGACUCUUCCGCCUCCUAAAGAGGGAAUCCAUUUGGCCAACCCAUUAUACCUUUGGGAAUGUCCUUAGUGCUUGUGCCAAUCUCGCUGAUCUGCUGCUCGGUCGUCAGGCUCAUACCCAUGUCUUGAAGCAAGGUUUUGAGUUCCAGUCUGGAGCAGAGUCUGAUAUUUUUGUGGGAAACUCUCUCAUAGACAUGUACAUGAAAUGCGGUUCAAUUGAAGAUGGGAGCCGGGUGUUUGAGAAAAUGAAGGAAAGAGAUUGUGUUUCAUGGAAUGCCAUAAUAGUAGGGUAUGCACAAAAUGGUUAUGGGGUAGAAGCUCUUCAAAUUUUCAGAAAAAUGUUGGUAUGUGGAGAGAAACCCGACCAUGUUACUAUGAUAGGAGUUCUAUGUGCUUGUAGCCAUGCAGGCUUGGUUGAAGAGGGCCGUCACUAUUUCUUUUCAAUGGAGGAGCAUGGUUUAAUACCACUGAAGGACCAUUACACAUGUAUGGUCGAUUUACUAGGACGAGCUGGUUGCCUCAAUGAAGCAAAGAAUUUAAUUGAAGCAAUGCCAAUGAAUCCUGAUGCUGUCGUGUGGGGGUCUUUGCUUGCUGCUUGUAAAGUUCAUGGCAACAUCGAAAUGGGGAAGCAUGCAGCAGAGAAGCUUUUGGAGAUUGAUCCUUGGAACUCUGGACCUUAUGUUCUUCUCUCAAACAUGUAUGCUGAGCUUGGAAGAUGGGGAGAUGUUGUAAGAGUAAGGAAACUUAUGAGGCAACAGGGGGUCACUAAGCAGCCAGGUUGCAGUUGGAUUGAAGUAGAGAGCCGAGUGCAUGUUUUCCUGGUUAAAGAUAAAAGCCAUCCUCAUAGGAAGCAAAUCUAUUCAGCUCUCAAAAUGCUCACAGAGCAAAUGAAGCGGGUUGGAUAUAUCCCAGAUGCCAAUGAUUUCGAGGCUUAUGAUGAGCAGAGCAAAUCUGAAUAAACCUCUUGUUACCACAUGGAACUGCCAGUGGAUGCUGCUGUGGGAUGAUUUACUCGAAACAUCAUUCUUCAUGUGCUGUAGUCUUUUGGUGAAAUUCUUAUCGAAAAUUUUCUCUUCAUUCUUUCAACAACAACAAAAAGACAAACAAACAAACACACAAGCAAUAACAUCUACAUUUUCUCCUUGUUCUUUUCCCUGUAGCAUAUACGUUCUUCUUCUUCUUCU